AUGGGUACCAUGAAACAAACAGCUCCAAUAUUUAGUCUGCACGGAAUCAUCGGAAAAGCUUUUUCCGGUUUGGUCGAUGUGCAAUUAGCGAAGCGUGAGGGACGAAAUAAUUUUAGUGCUUUGCGUAUUAUAUCCUUAGAAGUUGUUGAUUAUGAAACUAUAAAGAAAGAAGUUUGGUUUCUGAAUUGGCUUUCGCAUCCAAAUCUUGCUUCUAUUGAAGAAUCUGUCACAGUGGGCUUUGAUGUGUAUAUUUUUUCCUCAUAUUAUGAUCUAGUAUUUAGUUCUGCAGGAUCAGUUCUUCACAUUAUUCAAACUCAUUGCAAAUAUGGCCUUCCAGAAAAAGCCAUCGCACAAAUUUUAAAAAAUUUGCUUUUGGCUGUACAGUAUUUACAUGGUCAAAAAAUCGUUCACAGAUCCAUUCGUUGUAGUCAUGUUCUUCUCGCUUCAAAUGGACAGGUGAAACUUUCGGGUCUGCGGAAUUGUGCGUUUUUGAAGCACAAUCAUUUAACGGGGGCAAAAAAUGUUUUACACGAUUUUAAUGAGGAUCUUGUGGAAGGAUUGUUGUGGUUGGCUCCCGAAGUGCUCAAGCAGGAUCUCAAUGGUUAUGGUUUGCUUUCUGAUGUCUACAGUAUUGGUAUAACAUUAUGUGAAAUGGCUAAUGGAUUCCCACCGUUCUUUGACAUGGAUCGAUUACAAAUGCUUUACGAGAAAAGUAAAGGAACAAGUCCCAGGUUACUGGAUUGCACGACCUUAGUUGAAGAUGAAAACUUUGUAUCAAAUCAAAAUCAAAGAAGAAACCGACGCUUUACUGAACACUUUCAUGCUUUUGCGAAUAUCUGUUUAAAGCCUAGUCCAGAACAUCGGCUGCCGAUUUUAAAGUUAUUAUCUCACACAUUUGUUCGUUCCAUCAAAAAGAAUCGGUCUUUUCUAUCUCUGAUUCCCAAUAUCUCGCCAGUUCAUAAAGAUAAAGCUGAAAUGAUGCCAGAAGUCAAUGCAAGUAGGUCGCACUCGCCAGCAGCCUUGAGUUGGAGGUUUGAAAAUUAG